AUGAAGGGGAUGAUUUUGUGUAUUGUUUAUUUAUCAAAGCCUGAAAUCAAGCCCACCGAAUGUCUUACUGGUGUCUUAGAUGCUAAUUACACAAAGCGCACCUUACAGAUACACAGGCAAGAAACAGUGAUUUCCUUUAAUGAUGAAGAUUGGCAGGAGAUAAUAUCACAUUUGGCAGGUGGAGACAUGGUAGAGAUUUUUGUGGCUUUUGGUCAUGACUUGGUAGUCAAGAAAACGAUUGUCUAUCUGAUUUAUACUGAAAUGGAUGAAGCUGAACAAGUGAAGAAAAUCGUCCAGGGAGUUUUGGCAGCGCUAGACAACACAUCAUUAUCUAUUACCCAAUUUCCAGUUGGCUUAGAAUCUCGUGUGAAAGAAGUGAUUAUGUUUAUUAUAAAUCAAUCAAGCAAAGCUUGCAAAAUAGGGAUAUGGGGGAUGGGAGGAUCAGGUAAGACAACCACUGCGAAAUCCAUCUACAAUCAAAUUCGUCGUACAUAUGACUAUAGAAGUUUCAUCGAAAACAUUAGACAAGUUUGUGAACAGGACAGUAAAGGGUAUAUUCAUUUUCAAGAACAGCUUCUUUUAGAUGUCCUAAAAUCAGAAGUUAAGGUACAUAGUACAGCAGCAGGGACCACUUUGAUUGAGGAAAGACUUCGUGGAAAAAGCACACUCGUUGUACUUGAUGAUGUGACUAAGUUGGAGCAAGUGCAUGCCCUGUGUGGAAAUCGUAAAUGGAUAGGCUCAGGAAGUGUGUUUAUUGUUACAUCUAGAGACAAACGAUUACUUCAUUUACUAGAAGUUGAUUACAUUUAUAAAGUGGAGGAAAUGAAUGAAAGUGAGUCUCUUGAGCUUUUUAGUUGGCAUGCUUUUAGGGAAGUAACUCCGACACAUGAUUUCAUUGAACUCUCAAGAAAUGUAGUUUCUUAUUGCGGAGGACUACCUCUAGCCCUUGAAGUUCUUGGUUCUUACUUGCACAAGAGAACCAAACAGGAGUGGAGAAGUGUGUUAUCAAAGCUAAGAAUAAUUCCCAAUGAUCAAGUUCAGAAGAAAUUGAGAAUAAGCUUUGAUGGUUUAGAGGAUCAGAUGGAAAGGGAUAUAUUUCUUGAUAUUUGUUGUUUCUUUAUUGGAAAAGAGAGAGGCUAUGUUACGGAGAUACUGAAUGCCUGUGGACUGCAUGCUGAUAUUGGAAUAACAGUUCUUAUAGAGCGUAGUCUGGUGAAAGUUGAAGAGAAUAAUAAACUUGGAAUGCAUGAUUUGGUACGAGACAUGGGAAGAGAGAUUAUUCGUCACAGUUCACCAAAGGAUCCUGGGAAGCGCAGCCGAUUGUGGUUUCAUGAGGAUGUACUAGAUGUACUGACAAAUAAUACUGGGACAGAAGCCAUUGAGGGAUUGGCAUUCAAAUCGCAUGGAACUGGUAGAGAUUCCUUUGAAGCAAAUGCUUUUAAGGAAAUGAAAAGAUUGAAACUGUUGAAACUUCAUUCUGUACAACUCACUGGAUCUUUUGGGCAUCUUUCUAAGCAGUUGAGAUGGAUCUGUUGGCAAGGAUUUCCUCUGAAAUACAUACCUGUAAACUUUCAUCUAGGAAGUGUAGUUGCGAUAAACUUAAAACACAGUCAUCUUAAACUAGUCUGGAAGGAAAGUCAGUUGUUGGAGUGGCUAAAAAUCCUCAAUCUUAGUCAUUCCAAAAACUUGACCAUCACCCCAGACUUUUCUAAACUGCCUAAUCUUGAGAAACUCAUUCUCAAAGAUUGUCCACGUUUGUACAAACUGCACCAGUCCAUUGGAGAUCUCUGCAAGCUUCUUCUGCUAAAUUUGAAGGACUGUACAAGUCUUAGCAAUCUGCCAAGGAGGACCUAUAAGUUGAAAUCUGUGAAAACUCUAAUCCUUUCUGGUUGUUUGAAGAUGGACAAAUUGGAUGAAGACAUAGUGCAGAUGGAAUCCUUGACUACUUUAGUCGCGGAAAAUAUUGCUGUGAAACAAAUUCCCUUUUCCAUAGUAAGAUCAAAAAGCAUUGGAUAUAUAUCACUGUGUGGACAUAAAGGAUUGUCACGUAAUGUUUUUCCAUCUAUCAUUUGGUCUUGGAUGUCACCAAAAAUAAAUCCUCUAUCCGGUAUUUACCCAUGUUGGAGCAUGUCAUCGUCUCUAACCUCCAUAGAUGUGCAGAGUAACAAUUUGGGUGAUCUAGCAUCAACGCUUACAAGUCUUUCAAAACUUCGUAGUGUUUUAUUGCAUUGUGACACGGAGUUUCAGCUAUCUAAAGAAUUAAGAAGAAUUCUGGAUGAUGUAUAUGACGUAAGUUCAAUUAAAUUAGAAAUAAGGUCAAAUGAAUCGCAGAUAACAAACCAGUCGUUGAGGCCAUAUUUGAUUGGAAUAGGACGCUACCAUGAAGUUUUCAAUACUCUCAACAAGAGCAUAUCAGAGGGAUUCACUACCAAUGAUUGUGAUGUUUUUCUUCCGGGUGACAACUAUCCACUUUGGUUGACUCAUACAGGUGAAGGACAUUCCGUUCUUUUCAGAGUCCCCGAGGAUCGUAAUUGUCUCAUGACUGGAAUGUUUUUGUGUGUUGUUUAUUCAUCACCCCUUGAAAGAGUUGCAAAGGAAUGCCUUCUUAGUGUCUUGAUAGUUAAUUACACAAAGUGCACCAUUCAAAUAUACAAACGAGACACAGUAAUUUCUUUCAAUGAAGAAGAUUGGAAAGACAUAAUAUCACAGCUAGGAUUUGGUGACCAUGUGGAGAUUGUCGUAACUUUUGGGCAUGAAUUGAUUGUCAUGAAGAUGGCUAUCUAUCUAUUAUAUACUGAAUCAACUGACAUGCCAAUAAAUCCUUCUUUGGAACCAAAGGAAAAUGCCCUCCUUAUAUUCCUAAAGAGAAUUAUGGAGUUCGCUUCUUCUUCAUCAUCGUCAUCUUCAUCUUUCCUAAAAUCAGAACCCCAUUUCAUAUACGACGUGUUCAUCAACUUUGGGGGAGAAGACAUCGGUAGAAGGUUCCUUUCUCAUCUUCAUUAUGCCCUUUUACAAGCUCAAGUCAAAAUUUUUAUUAGCGAGGAAAAUGGUCAAGAGGGAACGAAGAUGGAAGAACACCUGCGAGCAAUAGCAGCCUCUAAGAUUGCAAUAAUCGUUUUCUCCAAAACAUAUGCUGAAUCUACCUGCUGUCUUCUUGAGCUUGAAGAAAUCAUUGAAUGCCUCAAAACAUUUGGCCAAAUAGUUUUGCCCGUAUUUUACGAGAUUGAUCCAUUGGAUGUACGUGAUCAGACGAACGAUUUUGGAAAAGCGUUGGGACAAACUGCAAACAAAAGUUAUUCAGGAGAAGAACUGGAACAUGCGUUGUCCAGGUGGAGCCGUGCACUCGCCAUAGCUUCAGGUAUCACUGGUUGGGAUCUCAGAAAUUUCAGGCAUGAUGCUGAAUUUGUGGAAGUAAUUGUUAAUCGCGUUCAGACAUUACUGGACUAUAAAGACUUAGUUAUUACCCAAUUUCCUGUUGGAUUAGAGUUUCACGUGGAAAAGGUGAUUGAAUGUAUUGAGAAUCAUUCCACCAAAGUGUGUAUGAUAGGGAUAUGGGAAAUGGUAGGAUCGGGUAAAACUACCAUAGCCAAAGCCAUCUAUAAUCGAAUUUAUCAUUUAUUCAUUGGCAAGAGUUUUGUUGAAAAUCUUAGAAAAGUUUGGGAACCAGUAGAUAGAUGGCAUCUUCGUUUGCAAGAGGAAUUUCUUUACGAUGUCCUAAAAUCCAAGUUCAGAUUGCAAACCACUUGGAUGGGAAGAAUUAUGAUCGAGAAGGAACUUUCUCGAAAAAAGUUGCUCAUUGUGCUCGAUUGGUUCGGUAAAGGAACUGCGAUAAUCAUUACAACUAGAGAUGUUCACUUGCUGAACCGACUCAAACUUAAUUAUGUUUAUAGAAUGUCUGAUAUGAAGGAAAAUGAGUCCCUUGGUUGUCAUGGCUUUAGUGAAGCAAAACCAAGAAAAGACUUGAAUAAACUUGUAAGAAACAUAGUUGUUUAUUGUGGAGGACUACCACUAGCUCUAAUCUUUGGGCGACUGGUGUUGUCUGUACAGAGAUCGUCUCUCACUCUGUUUCAUUAUUGCUUUCUCUUCCAACACUUCAUUACGUCGUCAAUUCCUUCCAUGGAAUUAGCCUCUUCAACUUUCAAACCACAGAUGUGUGACGUGCUCAUCAACUUCACUGGAGAAGACAUCCGCAGAAAAUUUAUUUCUCAUCUCGAUUCUGCCCUCUCUGCUGUUAGGCUCACCACUUUCCUUCACGAAGAGACUGCAGUGAAUGGCAUGCACAUCCAACAACCCAUUCUCAAUAUGUGUCGAGCAACAAUUGUUGUUUUCACCAAAACAUAUUCUCAAUCUGCAUGGUGUCUUCAUGAGCUCCAACAAAUCAUCAAAUGGCACGAAACUUAUUCCCGGCAUGUUCUGCCCGUAUAUUACGAAAUUCAGCCAUCUGAUGUACGUCUUCAGAAGGGUGAUUUUGGAAAAUCCUUCAAAGCAACUGCACAACAAACAUUUUCAGGAGAACAACUUGAGCAUGGCAUGUUGAAGUGGAGCCACGCACUCACCAAAGCUGCAAAUUUCUUUGGAUGGGAUGAGAGCAAUUACAGGAGUGAUGCUGAACUAGUGGACAUAAUUGUUAAGAGUGUUCUCAUUUUACCAGUCUUGUCUGCUACUAAAUUUCCAGUUCGAUUACAAUCCCACGUGAAAGAUAUGAUUCAAGUAAUAAAAAAUAAAUCCACAGAAGUUUGUAUAAUAGGGAUAUGUGGAGAGGAAGGAUCUGGUAAAACCACCCUUGCCAAAGCCGUCUACCAUCAAGUUCAUAGUACAUUCACAUAUAAAAGUUUUAUUGAAGAUAUUGCACAAGUUAGUCAAACAAGAGGGCUUGUUGGUUUACAAGAACAACUUCUUUCGGAUAUCCUAAAAACAAAGAUAAAGUUACAUAGCAUUCAGAUGGGAAUCAGUAUGAUUCGGGAAAGACUUUCUGGGAAGAGAAUGCUCAUUGUACUUGACGGAACAAAUGAGUAUGAUCCAAUAGGCCUAUGGAAUAGUCAUGUAUGGUUCGGUAAAGGAACUGUAAUGAUAGUUACAACAAGAGAAGAAGGCCUUCUAAGGAUACCUGAAGUUGAUUCGGUUUUGUUGAUAGAGUUACUGAACGCGAACGAGUCUCUUGAGCUUCUUAGUUGGCAUGCAUUUAGAGAAGCAAAACCAAGAGAAGAAUACAAUGACCUUGCAAAAAGAGUAGUUGCUUGUUGUGGAGGACUACCUCUAACUCUUGAAGUCAUUGGAAGUAGUUUAUUUGAAAGGCCGAAAGAAGAAUGGAAGAGUAUACUGUUAGAAUUAGAGAAAAUUCCCAAGCAUGAUGUUCAUCAGAAAUUGAAAAUAAGCUUCCAAGGUUUACGAAAUGAAAUGGAAAAAAAUUUAUUCCUUGAUGUAUGUUAUUUCUUUGUUGGUAAAGGCAGAACCUAUGUUACACAGAUCCUAAAUGGAUGUGGGGUAGAUGCUGAUAGUGGAAUAAGAAAUCUCAUAGAGGGUAGCCUCAUACAAGUUAAAAGGAACAACAAAUUAGGAAUGCAACCGUUGCUACAAAAAAUGGGAAAAGAAAUUGUUCUUGAAAUUCUAGAAAGGACACUUCAGAACAACCCUCAACUACGGUUUCGUCUGGAUGAAAAUUAUGUAGUGUCAGAUAAUACUCUCUUUUCAUCACAGCAGACAAAAGUCAUUCAGAUAUUGCCUAGUAAACUCUUUUUAACCAGAACAGAUUUGUUAGAACCUUGUCGAGCAAAGGUAUCAGACACAUCAAGAAUAUUUGAACUCGUUGAACAUUCGAAUUCUGAUGAGUACCUUUCCAAGAAACUAAGAUGGAUCAGUUUACAAGGGUUUCCUUCAAAAUACCUACCUAACGACUUUUAUCUGCACGAUUCAAUAGCCAUUGAUUUAAAGCACAGUUCUCUUCGAUUCGUCUGGAAACAACCCCAGGUUUUGCCAUGGCUUAAAGUUUUGAAUCUUAGUCACUCCAAGUACUUGAGAAAAACUCCUGAAUUUUUGAUAAGUGUGAAAAAUAAAUAUUUUUACACUUAUAAAUUACCUUAAUCAUGUAA